AUGUCAAGUGACAUUCGAAAGCACAAUGAGCUGGAGUUGUUCCUACCUGAUAAGAUAAAGGGUCCAAAGAAGAAGAAAAAGCUGACUAAAGAGGAAAAAGCAAAGCUACGAGCUGAAGAGCUAGAGCGGAUUCACCGGGAGGAAGAAUUUGAAAGAGAACGACUUGCGAAAGAAGCGGCGGAGGCGUUGGAAGCCGCCAGGCAGAAAGCGGAGGAUGAUGCGAAAAGAGAAGUCCAGGAGCAAAUUUGGCGAAUGGAGCAGUUGGAGCACACCGAAGAAAUUGUGUCCACAUUGCUCGCUGAAGUGUCAGAAGCCGAAAUGCAGGAGCGACAGGAGAAGCAGUGGGAGCAAUACAUGAAGUGCGAUGGCCUACCUGACCCUGCCUCACCUCCUGGCAUGCACACCUACCUCCAUUUGUGGAGAUCAGAGCCGAGUGCCCGUCGCAAUAUCGAGCCGGUCGUGGAGAAAACGGCAGAAGUACUUCAACUCCUUUUCGAUUUGGAUGAAUUAAUCGAAACUGACUCUGGUGGGAAGUUGCAACCGUUAUGGAGGGAAGUGCGUCAAAAAGUGCGAAACGAGCAGCAACUGCGUCUGGACGAGGCCACCUACGGCCUCCUGAGGGCCGCUUCCACAAUGGUGGCCUCCGUCGACUCGACCCUCGUGCGGUACCAUCGAGACGCCAGCCCCUUCCUCACCCUGACGCUGCACACAGAUCUGGCAGCCCCUUUGUCAGACGCGCCUCCUCCAACUUGGAACUUCGAAGAGUUGGGGGUGUCCAUGCAAAUGCCGCCGCAGUUCGUUGGCCUCCACGCCGCAGCCCGGGCACUGUGGUUACGCUACGACCACUACACCGACCUUUGCCCCUCGAGGAUUGCACCUCCUCCUCCAGAUCACCAUCAAUUGGAUAUGAAAAGUGUUGCCCUUCAAUUGUGGCAACAGAGGCUGGAGGAGAAAGAGCAAGAGGCAGAGGAGCAGGCAAACUUGGCAGCCGCAGUCGCCGCAGAGGAAGAAAAAAGGUUGCUUUUGGAGGCUGAAACCGCCAAAAAUAGAGAGCUAGGCCCACCUUCCGCACAUCAAGAUGCUCCUCCGGGCGAAAAUAAAGUGCUCGAGGAAGGAGAUGAAAUUCAGGGUGAGGAUGAAGUGUGCAAAGAAGCUGAAGGAGAAGACGGAGAGGAGAAAGAGGAGCCUCCAGUCAGAGAUGAAGAAGCCGAGCGGCAAAAGGCAGAAACCGAGGCCAUGAUUAAAGAAACUCAACCCCACGAGUUGAAUUUGCGAAAAAUGGCAGUGCUCGGUGGGGUUUUGCACUUGGACUUGCUUGAGCAGCCUCCACAGCCUAGAGAGUUGAAUAAAAACCUUUCACUCACUGUGCUGUCGGAGCCGCUAUCUCUGCAAAAGGUCCACUAUUACGUAAUGUAUGUCCCUCCGCCUCCACCUGAGCCGGGGAAGAAGCGCCUGCCAGAGGAGAUUGAAGCUGAAAUCAAACUACAGGAGCUAGAAUUUGAGAAGAUUGCACAAGUGCAUAUUAGCUUGCCAAAUAGCGUCCUCUGGUUUGAGCCACCGAUUGUGGUUGGCUGGGACGAGAAGAACCAGUAUUGGAGCACGGAAGAUCUGCACGACCUGAAAUUUUUUGAGGAAAAACAACUUUUGUCUUUUCGCGCAGGCAGACUCGGGCCUUUGGCACUCGCCGCUUUCAAAUACACAAAUCUCCCUUACCAAACUUGGGAAAUGAAACCUACGCCAAACGGAAUCGUCCUCUCAAUUACAGCCGCCGUCGUAUUAGUUGAAUUCAGUUUUAAAGAUGGGUUGGUUUGUCUCAGCCAGCUACAAAAUGGUUCAACUGCCGCCCUUCAGGACCAAAUCGGAAUUUACUUUAAGCCCCAAAAGUUAAUAAAAAUCAUGCGUCUCGGUGGCGUUGACGUUUUUCCACCUCACGAUGCCCACUGCUACAUGUCCGCGGUCGCUCCAAAACAGAGAACGCCUGAGCGCCACUUGUAUCAGUGCAUGGCUUUUGCCGCAAAGUCGCACUGCUUCGCCUGGAGCAGGUGGAAUUUACUGGCUGGCAUGUCCAAAAUGGUCUUGCAGAUGAAAGAGAUCAACGUUGAAGAUAAGAAAAAAUCGCAAGCUGAGUACGAAAUGCUCUUGGUCACUAGUCAAAGGUCGAGCGUUGUUCAAUGUACGGAAGUGAGUCAAAGUUUUAGUGAUGAGCCUGCGCCAGGAAUGAAGUUUUAUGCUGACGUUUUACAUCUCCUUCUGGAGCAUGGGUCUGCCACAGCAAAAUCGCACUUGAAAAAUCCCGAAGUGGCACUUGUCAACACCGUGUUCACAAUUCUCGACGCAACAAAAGUUUUGAGUUUUUCUUAAUAAAAAAAUAUUGCAUUUUAAAAGACCGAAUGAAUAAUUUUAUACUUCAACAUGAACUUAUGCAACUGGAGAUGUGUAGGUGCGCAAACGGUUGCAUAAAU